AAUGAUCAUGAGUUUGACCAAGAUCUUUUUUCUCCUUUUACAGGCAGAUCUUCUGAUGACCUAAUGGAACUGAAGUUGAGAGAAGUAUUGUUUUGGGUUGUGGUGCUGCUCUGUGGCUCAGCUGAAGGCAGCAUCCUUUAUCGAGUCCAGGAGGAGCAGCCUCCCAACACUCUUAUUGGUAGCCUGGCAGCUGACCAGGGACUGCCAGAUUCAGGUCACCUCUACAAACUCGAGGUGGGCGCCCCUUAUCUUCGUGUCGAUGGGAAGACAGGAGACAUUUUUACGACAGAGAUACCCAUAGACAGAGAAACCCUGAGGGACUGCCGGUCCCUGGCUAAGGGCAAGCCCUGCUACCUGGAAUUUGAAGUGUCAGUGACAGACCUCAUACAGAACCAGAGCCCCCGACUUAUUGAAGGACGCAUCGAAGUGCAGGAUAUCAAUGACAACACCCCGCAGUUUCCCUCGUCUGUGCUUACAAUCUCAGUCCCUGAAAACACAAUCAUGGGGGCAUUGUUCUCCAUACCUUUGGCUACAGACAGAGAUUCAGAGAGGAAUGGAGUGGCUGACUACGCGCUAACGGCAGGCCCAGAUGCAGCAACCCUGUUUGGUUUACAAGUGGCUGAUGACAGGGGAGGAAAGCUCCCCCAGCUAAUCGUCCUCGGCAACCUAGAUCGCGAGUUGAAGGAUUCUUAUGACCUCACCAUUAAGGCAGUGGAUGGAGGGAACCCCCAACGCUACAGCAGCGCUUUGCUCAGAGUGGUUGUGACCGAUGCUAACGACAACUCACCAAAGUUUGAAAAGUCCUCUUAUGAGGCAGAAGUUUCAGAAAAUAGUCCAGUGGGACAUUCUGUGUUGCAGGUCAAAGCCAAUGACUCAGACAUGGGUCCUAAUGGAGAAAUUGAAUACACCCUUCAUCAAGCAGUCGACCCAGUGCCAAGACUUUUACGGAUUGAUAGAUCCGCUGGUAUUAUUUACGUCAAAGGCCCACUGGACAGGGAGGAAAUCAACAGCUUGUCGUUCUACGUGGUGGCGAGGGAUAAGGGUCCUCAGCCCAAAAGUUCUAAGACUUUUGUAACCAUUGAAGUGACUGAUCAAAAUGAUAAUGCUCCAGCUGUGGAGAUCCGGGGGAUUGGUCUUGUGACUCACAGUGAAGGAGUAGCUAAUAUAUCGGAGGACAUGCCAGCUGCGACAGCUGUUGCGCUGGUUCAGGUGUCCGACAAAGAUGAAGGAGAGAAUGCCGUGGUCACUUGUGUGGUAGCUGGAGAUGUUCCCUUUCAACUCCGCCCUGCCAGCGACUCCACCACUGACAACAAGAGGAAAUAUUUUCUGGAGACCACCACGCCUCUCGACUUUGAAAGAAUCAGGGAUUACAGAGUUGAGAUUGUUGCCGUGGAUUCUGGAAACCCAGCACUCUCUAGUACUAACUCCUUAAAAGUGCAGGUCACCGAUGUGAACGAUAACUCCCCAAUAUUCUCCCCAACCUUGUUUGAGGUUGAUUUUGCGGAGGGAAACCAGUCAGGCGAAAAGAUUUUGGAUGUCACUGCCUCAGAUGCUGACAGUGGCACUAAUGCCGAGCUCCUCUAUAGCAUUGUUGCAGACUCAUCUAUCAAGGAUUUGUUUGAGAUAGACUCAAACUCUGGUGAAGUAAGAGCUCGAAGCCCACUUGAUCGUGAACGGAAAGAGAAAUACGAGUUUCGGGUCACUGCAGCCGACAAAGGCUCACCUGUUCAUAAAGGAACAGCAACUGUUGUAAUAAGAGUCCUUGACCGCAAUGACAAUGAACCCAAAUUCAUGCUUAGUGGCUACAGCUUUUCGGUCUUGGAGAACAUGCCUCCACUCAGUCCAGUUGGUAUGGUGACAGUCCAGGAUAUGGACAAAGGUGAAAAUGCUCAUGUUCACCUUUCUGUGGAACCUGAUGGGGGGAAGUUUGUGGUUCAAAAUGGAACAGGCACCAUUUUGUCAAGCAUCUCAUUUGAUAGGGAGAAAGAAAGCAGCUACACAUUCCGCUUAAAGGCAGUGGAUGGGGGAGAACCACCCAGGUCCUCAUAUGUUGGUGUUACUAUCAAUGUACUGGACGAAAAUGACAAUGACCCCGUGAUCACAAAGCCUUCCAAUUCCUCCUUUAAGCGUUUGUCCCCUCUAGCUUCCCCAGAGAGUCAUGUUGAGGUUGUAGAGGCUGAAGAUCUAGAUAGUGGGCCUAAUGCAGAGCUCGUCUUUAGUAUUGCUGGAGGAAAUCCUUAUCAGUUAUUUCGCAUAUCCCCCUCUAGUGGGGAGAUCACUUUGGCAAAGGAGAUGACCCGCAAACAUGGAGGACUACAUCGUCUGGUAGUUCGCGUGAGUGACAGGGGAAAGCCUGCACGCCAUGCCACUGCCCUGGUUCACAUCUAUGUCAAUGAAACCAUUUCAAAUGUCAGCUUAGUGGAAGCCUUAGUUGGACACAGUCUUUACACACCCCUGGACAGAGACAUCGCUGGCGAUCCUGAUAACGGUUUUGCAGCUCAACGUAGUAACAUAUUGUUUGGAAGCCUUGCGGGUGUGGCAGGAGUUGUAAUGUUGAUUUUGGUGGUGGUCUUUAUUCGACACCGUAUUCAAAGAGAAACAAAGAGUGGCUAUCAGGCUGGAAAGAAGGAAACAAAGGACUUAUACGCACCCAAGCAGGCGCCAAAGAACACCAAAGGCAAACGUGGAAGAAAAGGCAAACCCCAGAAAUCCCCCAAACCACUCGGAGAAGAAGAGGAGGUCAGCCUUCAGAAAAGUCUCAAGUUUAACCUCGAUGGAGUCAAUGAUAGCCCCAGAAUACACCUGCCCUUGACAUAUUCACCAGGAAGCCCUGAUAUAGGCAGGCACUAUCGCUCCAAUUCUCCCUUGCCUUCGAUCCAGCUGCAGGCUCAGUCACCAUCAGCUUCUCAGAAACACCAGGCCGUCCAGGACCUUCCUGCAGCCAACACCUUUGUGGGAACUGGAGGAGAUGACAACUCCACCGGCUCUGACCAGUAUUCUGAUUACAGCUACAAGACCAGCCAACCGAAGUACAACAACAAACAGGUAAACUCAACCCCAACACAAUAUGACUCCUGUCUAUGUGGUCUGUUAAAAGACUGGGUUAUUGGUGCCAUUUUUCCAGACCCUGAAGAGGGAUAUUUUAGCUGUUCAAUAGGUCACCCCCAUCGUCGAGUGACAUUCUCCACCACCAACCCUGUGCAGGACCUGCAGGACGCCUCCCAGCACAGCUACUACGACAGCGGCCUAGAAGAAUCUGAGACUCCCAGCAGCAAGUCAUCGUCUGGGCCUCGCAUCGGACCCCUGACCCUGCCUGAGGACCAUUUUGAGAGAACCACCCCAGAUGGGAGCAUUGGAGAAAACGAACAUCCAGAAAAUGAUAUCCGCUCCCUCCCCGACGUGGCGAUGACCGGAAAUUGCACGACUGAGUGCAGUGAACUGGGCCACUCGGACGCCUGCUGGAUGCCCGGGCAUCCCUCCCCCGUGCGCAAGACCAGGAACCUGCCAAAACUCUCCACCUUUGUGCCUUACCAGGAGAGAGGGAGCCUGGGACGCCUAGCGAACGGGAGCGCCAGGCCGGGUGGCGAGGAGCACCGCUCGCGCCUUCCACCCUCCCGCAGUGCCUACUCCAACAGCGGUCACGAUGCCAAUCAGGACUGCCCGUUAGAGGAAAUGCCCCUGAGCGUGGCCUCGGAGUUCCCCCCAACAUCCCCCUCCGCCCACACCCCGAAACGAGAAAUUUACCUGUAA